AUGGGACUGGACCUGAGCACAAAAGACCGAGGGGGACUGGACCUGAGCACAAAAGACCGAGGGGGGACUGGACCUGAGCACAAAAGACCGAGAGAACUGGACCUGAGCAUUAAAGACCGAGGGGGACUGGACCUGAGCAUUAAAGACCGAGGGGGACUGGGCCUGAGCACAAAAGACCGAGGGGGACUGGACCUGAGCACAAAAGACCGAGGGGGACUGGACCUGAGCACAAAAGACCGAGGUGGACUGUACCUGAGCACAAAAGACCGAGGGGGACUGGACCUGAGCACUAAAGACCGAGGGGGACUGGACCUGAUCACAAAAGACCGAGGAGGACUGGACUUGAGCACAAAAGACCGAGGGGGGACUGGACCUGAGCACAAAAGACCGAGGGGGACUGGACCUGAGCACAAAAGACCGAGGGGGGACUGA